UAAGGUAUCCCAUGCUAGAAAUUGCUAUAGUCGGCCUGCCAAAUGCUGGCAAAUCAACUCUUUUUAAUAGAUUAGUAAGAAAAAAAGCAGCUGUGGUAAGCAACAUUCCAGGAGUAACGAGAGAUAGAAGAGAGGGAAUAGGCAGAAUUAGCGACUUAGAAUUUAAGGUAGUAGAUACCGGAGGAUGGAGUGAUCAAAAUAAUUUUUCACUGCAAGUCAUUGAGCAAAUAGAAUUUUCCUUAUCUCGGUCAGAUAUAAUUUUAUUUCUUAUUGAUGCAAAAAUACAAAACGAUCAAAACAAAGAAUUCGCAAAAUGGUUAAAGAGAAAAACGGAUAAACCCGUGAUACUUAUCGCUAAUAAAUGUGAAAGUCACAGAUCAGAAAGUAUUGAUUAUUUGCGGUUCUUCAAUUUUGCUGAUCUGGUAUAUAUUUCUGCCGAACACAAUCUAGGCAUGGCAGAUUUUUAUGAUGCAUUGGACAAUGUUAUCAGAUACUUAAAUAAAGAUGAUAAUUUAAAUGACUAUGAAUCUAGUAAAUUAAGAAUCGCAAUAAUCGGUCGUCCAAACGUUGGAAAAUCAACCUUUUUAAAUAACCUACUCACAGAAAAUAGAGUAAUCACAAGCUCAGAAGCUGGCACCACCCGUGAUUCCAUAGAUAUAUUGUAUAACCAUCAUGGUGAGCUAAUUACUCUUAUCGAUACUGCAGGAAUUCGCAAAAAAACAGAUGAUUUAGAAUUAAAAUUUAUCGAGAAAAGUAUCGAAUCAAUCAAGCGUUCUCAUGUUGUGAUUUUAAUGCUAGACUCUCUGCUUGGUGUUGAGCAACAGGAUUUAUCUGUUGGAGAAAUUGCAAUUAGAGAAGGUAAGGGCAUUGUUGUUGUUUUAAAUAAGUGGGACUUAAUCAAUAAAGAUAAUAGAAGUAAGCUAAUAAAGUUCAUAAAACAACAAGAAAUCACUCGGCUAUUUCUAGAAGUACCAACCAUAACAACUUCUGCAUUAAAGGACAUGCGCUGUAGAGCUGUAAUAGAUCAAUGUCUUAAAAUCAAUAAAUCUCUAAAUAACAAGAUUAGCACUGCAAAGCUGAAUAAAUGGCUUAUUUCUGCUUUAGAUACACACCCUCAUCCAAUUGUAAAAGGUAGAGCGGUGAAAAUGAAAUAUAUCGCUCAAAUUGGCACUAAUCCUCCUGCUUUUUCGUUAGUGUGCAAUGUACCUAAAAAUAUCGAUGAAAGCUACAAACGUUAUUUAAUAAAUAAUCUUAGAAAGAAUUUCUUUACUAAUGGCGUGCCUGUGAGAUUAAUUUUAAAAAAGAACAAGAACCCCUACGUAAAGUAA